AUGACAGGAACAUGGCUUUACCUUGUAUGAUUAAGCAUCUUUAUUACUAUUUUUGGGAUAUAUAGUUUUUGUUUGUGAUAUAUAUUUCAUCGUAGAGACUUUCAAGAAAUAUAUUCAAGGUCUGCAGGAAUUUUGCUUUUCUCUAUAAUAGUCAAUGGCACUGAAAACAUUGGUUCAAUUUCUUUAGGAUUUAUUGAGAUUUUGGGCUUGUAUUAUAAUUUAAAGGUCUGCACCUGAAUUUUUGUCAUCUAUGAAAUUUCUCAUAAUGCUUACUUCAUCUCAAAUGUGCUGAGAAUGUAUAGACUGGUUUUAUUAAACAGGAUCAGGAAUGGCAACUACUGUAGCUAUUUAGAUUAUUUAAAUAGUAAAAAAAGGCUUGGAAAUCAGUGGAAUAUAAAAAUUAUUUUAGCUUAUUCGUUGCCGAUUUCAGCAUUUUAUAUAGCUUUUGCUUUAUAUCAAAUGAUAACCAAAACUGGUGGAGCGCUGAAUAUGAUUUUUGAUAUAUCUUGAAACUUUUUGAUUCUUUUUGAAGAUGCCUGCUAUUUGAUUUUUUUAUUAAAAAUUAGGAAAAUUCCUUAUUACUGCAAUUUGAAAGCUGAGCUAUAUAGGGGUUUCCCCUAGAUAGCUCUGCAAGGGCUGUGGAUUCUGAGCGGAAUCUUUCAGCUGGUCCGACCAACUCAGUACGCUAGUCGGACCAACUCAUUUGUUGGUUCACCAGCCUAAGGAUUCCCCCCAGAAUCUACAGCCCUUGCAGAGCUAUGUAGGGGAAACCCCUAUAUCUAAUUUUAGUCAUAUGGUCAAUGGGGCUAACUGCACCUUUUGUAAGUCCUUUAUUUUUCCACUUUUAUAUUAUCCCUUCAAAAAAUCUUUGCAUGCUAAUUAACACCUUUUUUUUUCUACAGAGAAGCACAAAACGACUUAGUAUUGUUCCUUUGGAAGUCCUUAAAAGCCCAAGAGUUUUAUUAGAAGAUCAGCUAGCUUUUAAUUACUUUGUCUCCUUUGCAAAAAAAUCAAAAAAUAAGCAUUGGGAAUAUUAUUUGAAAAUCCUUGUAGAAAUUCAUCUGUUUAAGCUUGAUCCAAAUCCAGAAAAAGCUUAUGAUAUAUAUAGCAACUUUUUAGCAGGGAAAAAUAAUUUCGCUGAAAGCAUGACUUUGGAUUUGUCUAAUCAAAGUCUUUGUGGAGAUAUGAAUCCUGAUAUUAGUGCAUCAAUGUUUAAUGACGUUGAAAACAAUAUUUUUAACUCCCCCCCCCUCCGUGAGCGAACAAAAAAAUUUUGUUCGCUCACGGAGGGGGGUUAAUUUUUUUUUUUAAAAAAAAUUUAUAUAUAAAUUUUAUAAAAAAUAUUUUUUUCGAAAUUUAAAAAAAUCCUAAUUUGCAAAAAUUGGGAAGCAAAUAUUAAUUUAAUUUGCAAAAUUUAUGUUUUUAAAACGCAAUUUGUUUAAAAUUAAACAGAAUUAGCUCUAGAUUUCAUUAUACUAAUUAUCACUUAUAUAUCAAAAUUUUUUUCCAUUAAAAUUUUUUCUAUUAAAAAAAUUUUUUGUUCACUCACGGAGGGUGGGUUUUUGGUCAAAAAAUGGCGAUUUUUCUAAUGGUUUUGUUCGCUCACGGAGGGGGGGGGGGAGUAAGCAGUUCAAUGAAACUGUUUACCCUGAGUUUCAAAAAUCGCAAGAGUAUCAAGAAUUGUUGACUCCCCCUUUAAAUUGGAGCAGAAUUUUUUUUUCAGUAGGAAGAUUUUAAAGAUAAAAAUACGAAUUUUUAUAAUAUUAAUUUGACCUAAUUUUAAUAAACAAAAUGAAAAUAAAAUAAAAUUUUAAAAUUAUUUCUUCAUAAAAAUAAAUUAAAAAAUUAACCUGAGCAGGAAUUUUGAUUCUUAUUUAAAGAUGGGGAGUAAGAGAAUCAACCCAUGCAAUUUAUUAA